GAGCCAAAGCUAUCAGUCGUACCUUUGAGGUUGCAGAUCAAUCUGUGUUGUAAACACCGCACUGCAGAUAUUUACAAUGGCUCUAUCCUUAGUCACAGUGCUGACUCUCGCUGUCACCAUCUGCGUGACACCAGAAGAAGGUAGGUGUCCUCUUCUUACUCUGCUGCUGCAGUGACACAUGCUCUUGAUUAGUCACAAGUGUCAGGCUCCUUCAUGCUUCAUGCAUCAAUUACAGACUGAGCUCAUGCAUUGAAGAGGCGUCGGAAAUAAUGCCUUCGAUCUUUAAAAUUUGUAGAAUGACUGCAGGUGAAGAACUUUGCUUCUGUGCUGAACGCGUAUAGUGAAGGAGCUAAGUGUGUCAGGGCAGGAAGCAGGGACUGGCUUAUCUGAUAGAUGUCGUUAAAGGAGCCAGCAUGCUUGAUACCUCUAAGUGGGGGGUCACAGUCAGUAUUUAUUCCUUCCACCUCUGAUCGCAGUUUGUUAUCUGGGAAAUUGCAGUAAAAUACUGGUCUCUGCCAGGGGGGCCUUGACAUUUACCACUCCGUGACUCAGAUAAACUCCAUAAAGCUAAAGAUAACCCAGUACUUUGAUGGACACAUGACACAUUUUAGGCUUUGUCUGCCUGGGAUUCACACUUGUUUACUGAUUGCUGGGUAUAAUCCAUCACCAUGGACAAUGUAUGUAACGAAUAUAUCUGCACACAUGACUUGGAUCAUUCUGCAGGUUCUGCUCAUGCACAUCCUCUCCACAGGUGCAGGUCUCCCUGUCCCCAGGGAGCACGCGGUCCACAGCCAUCCUGCUGCUCACCGGAUCCGGGCCAAACGCUGCUCCUGCAGCAACUGGCUCGACAUGGAGUGCAUCUACUUCUGCCACCUGGACAUCAUCUGGGUCAACACGCCCAGUAAGACUAUCCCCUACGGCCUGGGAAGCCCCCUGUCUAGAAGGCGCCGCUCUGCUGGCCGCUGUGAGUGUGUCGACUCCGACGACAAGGCCUGUGCUGCCUUCUGCUACCAAAGCACUGAAGAUCCUAUCCCACUUCUGGUGAGACCAAGUCACCGGGAUGCCAACGUUCCACUUGCACCUCGCUCUAGCCUGCUGUCCGCCCUCAGGCUGGCAGGCUAGGGCAGAGCCCUUGGGAAGAUACCUCCGAAGGUUUGCCGUCCUCUCACCAGAUGGAGCGGGGAGGUUGAUGAGAAGAAUGAGCAUCUGAUCAAAGGCGACUCUUCCCAGGAAGUGGAGCCAAGAACAAGAAAAAAAGUUGUGACUCCAGAAAGAUACCAGGAGAUACAGCGCUAUGGAGCCAAGGAAGCAGGGGACCUUCAGAGUCAUGUGACUCCUGCUCUGUGAAGCUCAGGUGUAAUGCAAGGCCUCACUCCUCCAGAGAUGGUGACGCUCAUCAUGAGAACUGGCUAAAAAGGCCCCCAAGCAGGGGGGUGUCUGUCAGGUGGAGGAGGCCAUCUCUGUAGCAGGAAGGCAGAGAGGACAGACAUGGCAUCAGUGGCCAUUGUGGACGUCGUGCUUUGGUGUGUGCAGUUAGCAUGCAGCAGUGAGUUUUGACUACGGAGUUUGGCUUUGAGGCCCCUGACCAGGGAUGGCCAGUGUCCAUUGACCAAGCCAAAGAGCCGGUACCAAGAGUGUAAGUCAGUACAGCACCAUGGUAAAUUAUGGACUUUUAGUCUAUAAAAGGGUUUUAAUGUGUUAUAUGUCAAGUGGUUAUACUACAAUGUCACUCCUGCAGUUUGGAAAUGUUGAGUAUGGGUGUGUGUGUGUGUGUAUAUUUGUGUGUGUAUACAUUACAUUGUGGUGACCAAAUCUCCACAAUGUGAUAAAAAUCCAUUAUUUUGACUCUGUGGGACCAUUUCUUCAGGUCCCACAAGGGAGACUCAGUUUAUAAAAAUCUGUGACUGUAAUCAACAAAAACUACAAGUGGCAAAAGUCUCGUAUUUUGUUUGGUUACUUGCGAUUAUAAGGAUGGGGCUGGGUAGCCAUAGCUUUAGGGUUUUUCCCCAUAGAAACAUUCAUGUCAGACACUUUAUGGGUCUCCAGUAUGAAGGAUAUCAUAACUUGCUUUCUGUCACAAAACACUAAAGUAAUCCUUAACGUUUAGGUCUGACUAAAGCUGAUCUCUUCAAAAGUGCUUAUUGCUAAGGAGGUAACAGUAUAGUACAGGGCAAAUGCUAGAUUUCACAUCAAACAAAUCAAGAGAUGUGAGACAGCGAAUUAUCUGUCAGCAUCAGAGAUCAGUGAUCAGUGACAUUUAACAGUGAUCACACCUUCACCUGCACUGCCGAGCUCUUGCUUGUUCUUGCCUGUUUGGGUUUUCAGUAUGUUUGUCUUAUACCUUCACUUAUGUUACUGUUUCAUUUUGUCAACAGGUUCUCUAAUGUACUUGUGGUCAAAUGAUGAAUUUAUCCUUCAGAACACUGCCGGUCAUUCACAGGGGACAGCUUGUGGGGUAGAGAUGGCUGCUUAUGCCUGGGUUACUGUGGUUGGGUUUCUGCCUCUCUUAGCUGUCUGCUGCCUGUACCCCCCCCCCACCCUCAUUUUUAAUGAGGCUUUCUGUGCCUGGGUCUCGCGUCCACCAAGUUAGCACAGAUGUUUAUUUAAUUACCUGAUCUCAUAAAAACAUAUUUAUUCUGUUCCUGUGUAGAAGGAAUGUAUUUAUUUUAAUAAUAUGAUUUUAA